GGAGGAGGAUGUGAAAGGGAAUGGCAAGUUCAACACAAGAAAUCUGGGAUUUUACUUGUUUUCUUGGGGAUACAGUCUUCCUACAGAACCGUGCGCCUUUACGCACGUGGAGAGCUCCUCUGGAAUUUAGGCGACAGUAGACUACUCCAGCACCAGACAUGACCGACGAGAACAAAUCACUGACUGAGCAUCCAUGCAGCCCAGCGGGCAGUGAGGGCUCCAUGUCCCAGCAUGGAUCAGAUUCAGAGUCUCUGACCUCUCCAGCAGGAUCCGAGGCGCAGGAGGCAGCGCGCCCGCCAGGGAUUACGCACAAAGCGGAGAGCUGUCCGGAGGACGAGCGGUUCCCUGCCUGCAUCCGCGACGCGGUGUCGCAGGUGCUGAAAGGUUACGACUGGUCGCUGGUGCCGAUGCCCAGCCAGGGAGAGAGAGGGCUGAAGAGCAAACCUCACGUGAAACGGCCGAUGAACGCGUUCAUGGUUUGGGCGCAGGCAGCUCGGAGGAAGCUGGCGGACCAGUAUCCACAUCUGCACAACGCUGAGCUCAGCAAGACGCUGGGAAAGCUGUGGCGACUUCUCUCUGAAACAGAGAAGCGUCCCUUCAUUGAGGAAGCCGAGAGGUUGAGACUGCAGCACAAGAAAGAUUAUCCCGACUACAAGUACCAGCCUCGGAGACGCAAGAACACCAAGCCGGGCCAAGGGGACUGCAGAGCCGGACUGGUCCAGCAGCAGCAGCAACAGCAGCAGCAGCAGCAGCAGGGCUUGUAUAAAAUGGAACCAGGGCUGUCCAGGCUGGCUGGUACAGGGGAGGUGCACCACCAUUAUCAUCCAGACAGGACAGGUCAGUCUCACGGACCUCCAACACCUCCUACUACCCCUAAAACAGACCUACACAUGGGAACCAAGCACGAGGGCCGUCGUCCCAUGGACAUUAGCUCUGCUCCUCCUCUGAACCGCCAGAACAUCGACUUCAGCAACGUGGACAUCUCAGAGCUCAGCACCGACGUCAUCGGCACCAUCGAUGGCUUCGACGUUCAUGAGUUUGACCAGUACCUGCCUCCAAACAGCCACGGCGCCGCUGUUCUAACGCCACCGGACACCAGCAGCCCCUCCGGAUCAUUCAUCCCGCCCAGCACCCACUGUCACUCCCACAGCGUCUCCAACUGGACACCCAAAACAUCCGGUGGAACGCAGAAUCGAGAUGCCCAUGGGCUGCACGAGGACGUCAGCCGGAAACCUCAAAUUAAGACGGAGCAGAUGAGCCCGGGCCACUACAGCUCCUCGUCCACCUCCACUCCUCCCCCAACAGCGCACCCACCUGAGUACACCUCCCUGAGCUCAGGCGCCUGCCCUUCCUCCACCUCCUCUUCGUCCUCUACCAAUCAAUCAGACUACACUGACCUUCAGAGCUCCAGCUUCUACAGCGCUUUCUCUGGUUACUCUGCCAGUCUGUAUCAAUACCCAUACUUCCACUCCUCUCGCAGGCCUUACGCCACGCCGCUUAUCAACAGCCUGGCCUUGGCACCACCUCCACACAGUCCUCCAUCUGGCUGGGAGCAGCCUAUCUACACCACACUCACCAGGCCUUGAAGAGGACAACAACGUGGCCAUUUAGGCGAACUUGCAAUACUCAGACCGACGGUGAUUGGUGGUAUUUUUUUCAUCCAGGACUCGUGUGGUGCGUAGAUAUGUUGCAUCAUUGUGCAAAAGAAAUCUAAAUAUUAACAAAGAUUCAGUGUGCUCUCCUGAACUGGACUCUUUUCUUGGUAAAACGCCUGCAGCAUGACAUUUAAACCUACGUUGGACACUAAAAUGUUCCAUUGAAACUCCACACUAAUGAAAUUUGGGUGUGAAUGUAGCACCUAUUUAAGACACGGAGUUUUAUGCGUUGUAGCAGUUUUUCCACAAUAAAGCUGAAGGAGUCAAAUAGUUUCCUAAUUUUCAUACGUUUUGAUUAACAUUGAAGCUGUUACAUUCUUUUUCUGGGGUAGGACAGAAUUAUGUGAAGAUUCCACAUGUGUCUAUAAAGAUUGUUAUUCUUCAGCCAGUAACAAAGUGCUUUACAUCAGUAAUGACCAAGAGAUUGUGUUUUCUGUCUUAAAGACUUCCUCCAAUGAAAAUCAACUUGUUGUUUUUUUUACCUUGUUAACAUGUCUAUAGAGUGUUUUUUAUAUGCUGGAAGAAACAUCAUGAGUGAAAUGAGAAGUCAACACCAUGGCUGAGCAUUUCCACGUACAAAUUGCAGUCUGCUGUUUUCUGUAACAAAAACCAACGGCUUCAGCUUUGACUACCAGUAGUUCAUUCAAAAUAAAUAAUGACAACAGGUGUUGUCUAUGCUAGCAGCUGUUGGGCAGUUAAGGAAAUGUCUGGUCAUGCUUCAUGUCAUUGCUGCUCUUUUUUUUUUUUUUACAACUAAGCAAUCGAGCCCCUGCUCCGUGUUCAGUACAAUGUAAUAAAAUUCUUU